AGGAUAGAGGCUUAGUGGGACCUCAGGUUAGGUUGAUCACAACUUGUCUCAGACACAACCAUCCACACGAGCGAGGCAUUCAUUGGUUUGCACGCAUGAGUUAUUUCACCUCACCCUCAGAAGUCUGUUCUCUUCUUAGUUCUGCCGGAUUCAUUAAAGGAAGCAAACAUUUCUCUGGGCAGGUUUAGAGGCUGUUUCAGCAGCUCUGUAGACCUCAGAGAGCACACCUGCCAUACUCCAGCUACACACUAGCUGUUUCUUUCUUUGUAUUUCUUUAAUUCAACCACGACUUCUGAAGAUGAAAGACCGACUGGCUCAGCUGAAGGAGAAGAGCGAUGCAGGUGGUGAUGAUAUUGAGGUUCCUGUGGAGAGUGAGGCUUUCAUGGAUGAUUUCUUUGCUCAGAUUGAAGACAUCCGCAGCAGUAUUGACAAGAUUGACGAGAGUGUUACAGAAAUCAAAAAACUCUACUCCACCAUCCUGUCUGCCCCGACCUCCGACCAGAAAACACAGGAUGAUGUCGAGGCCCUCACCAAUGAGAUUAAAAAGUCAGCCAACAACGCAAGAAACAAACUGAAGAGUAUCGAGCGCCAGCUGGAGUCAAACGCAGAUGAGAGGGCCUCGGCCGACCUCAGGAUACGCAAGUCACAGCACGCAAUUCUGGCCAAACAGUUUGUAGAGGUGAUGACAAAGUACAACGAGGCUCAGGUGGACUUCAGAGACAAGAGCAAGGGACGGAUCGCCCGCCAGCUGGAGAUCACUGGAAAAACAACGACUGAUGAGGAGCUGGAUGAGAUGCUGGAGGGAGGAAACUCUGCUGUCUUCACAGCAGGGAUCAUGGACUCUAAGAUCAACCAGCAGGCCCUGAAUGAGAUCGAGGCUCGUCACAAAGACAUCAUGAGGCUGGAGAGCAGCAUUAAAGAACUCCACGACAUGUUUGUUGAUAUUGCCAUGCUGGUUGAGAACCAGGGUGGGAUGAUUGACAGAAUCGAAAGCAACAUGGACCAGUCGGUGGGCUUUGUAGAGAGAGCCGUGGCCGACACCAAGAAGGCUGCCAAAUACCAGCAGGAGGCACGCAGGAAACAAAUGAUGAUCUUCUGCUGCUGCGUGAUUUUGGCUGUCGUCCUCGGUUCAUUUGUCUACAGCUUCAUCAAAUAGAGACCCUAAUGAAGAAAGUCUCCCACCAUCUGAGUCUACGGGAGGCCGCAGGACACGUCUGCACUCAGUUUGCUCUCAUUUCAUUACAUAUCAGGAACAAAGCGCCACAUUUAUGAUCAGUUCAAUCAGAAAAACAUGACGACAGCUUUCUUGUUCAUGGUCUCGCUCCAGUCUGUGUUCCUAACCUGUCCAAUAACAAACUGAAUAUGGCUGUUUGCACAAAACAGAAAAGAAAUGCUGGAGACCUUAAAGUGCAGCGACCGACACGUCAAUAAUCCCACCAAGAAUGUCCACAUUAUAGGGCUACAUACAUGUUUAAUGUGUUUGCAUUAGCUCAUCGUUACUUAGCUGUGCUCAGAGAAGUGCAAAUGUGUGUGAUACGUCUUACCCUAACCCUGCUGCAGUUGUUCUGCUGUGGAGCGAUUUUUCAGAACCAAACUUGGAAUUUGAAAAUGUGCAGCAUGAAAGGUCACCAACAAACAGGUUCAAGGCCUGUGAAUUACUGAGUGUGACUGCUAGCAUGCUCCAUUUCAUUUUCAUUCACUCAUUUGUCAACUUAUCAUAUCCGUAUUCAGGAAAGUGCACCUGAUUUAUAAACAACUUUUGAAUAAUGCAGCCAUGAAAAGCUUCUAUUAGGAAGAUUAACUGUUGUGUUGCUGUGUAAGGAAUAAACAGCAGAGGGUGUCCAUUAAUAUUAGAGUGAAGUGAUUACAGCAGGUGCUGGUACCUGACACACCUGUGCUGUAGACCGCAUCCUGCCCCGUGUCCACAGCAGGCCUGUCGAGAGGCCUUUAGGAUUCUCAGUAAAAAUCCACGUAGUAAGCUUUUAACCUUGAAGUGAUUAAAAUGGCUUAUCUUAGAUGCCGUGUGACCCAGGAAUUGAUGUUCAUUUUGAAUGUGUUAGAUUAGAAAUACAAAUCAUUUGAUGAUUCAGGUAUUUGGUUUAGAUCUUUGUUAUUUGUGUGUUUAUUACAACGACUGAACUCUCAUAUUUGUAUAAUGUGCUUGUGUGUCUGGACUGUUUUUAUGCUUGUUAUUCUGGCACUUGCUCUGACCCACACUGUGGUGUUGGAUGCAGUGCAGCCCACUCGUGAACUGAGAGCCUGCUCUCCUAUAUCAAUAUUUUUGAAAAUGUGUAUUCCAAUAAAAUUCCAAUUGGAAGUUUUCUGAGGCAUCUAAACAAACUGAUGGCAGACUCUUUAGUUGCGCAGUGUGUUCAGAAAAAUAACCUGGAAAAUUUGUCCUGCCGGGAGAGGUCAUCGACAGUCGACAGGCAGCUGUUGUGUGACAAUGAACUAUCACAGAUUUUAUUCAUCUUCAGAUUUGAUCCUAGGACCGCUAAAUAUCAAAUUCCGGGGAUUGAGGUGUGCAUUCACAGGGACACGCUGUAAGAUCUGGUCUGCCGAUGCUUCCAGCUCUUCAUCGUUAGCUUCUUUGUACACGCUGUGUGUUUGUGUCUGCUGCUGACUGAAGGCCGUGGCUUUGAGCACGGCGGACUAUUUGUAAAAGUGCAUCGUUUGUAGUUUUCUUCACUUUUUGAAUAAAAAUCAAUCUGUCAGUUA